GAUCACCACCGGCAGCACAUCUUCGACGGCGGACCUAUUCAACGCAGAGAAAAGCCAUCCAAAAGUUACGACCUCAUAGAGUACCUAUUCUAGCAUAGUUGCUUCAUACAUCUAUUGCAUAAUUCAUCCGUGCAUACCAUUUUUACCCUGAUGAUCUUUCGGUGACAUACCUGUAUGCAGCUUGCCCAAUUUGCAGCAUGAGCGUGUACGAUGUGAAGCUUCUCAGACACACCCCACUCUCUACCUUCUUGCACUUACCAUCAUGGCGUCGUACGAACCAUCUUCGUCUUUUCACGACGCAGCAAGUUUCCUAUCCAAUGCGUCUUCGUUAGCGAGCGUUUCGAAUACUGUGAAACUUGAGCUCUACGGCCUAUUCAAGUACAUAACAGUUUCGCAUACUCCGAACACCAGCCGUCCAUCUCUUUUCGACUUUACUGGCCGGGCGAAAUGGGAUGCAUGGAAUUCCACAGGCAGCACUUAUGGUGACCGCGACAUCGAUGCUGAAAAGCGCUAUUUGGAUAUUGCGAAGGAGCUUGGAUGGAAGGAAGGCGAUACCACACAGCCAGAAAUCUCAGAAUCGAACAAAGACUCAGAAGACAUCUGGGAUAAUGAUUCGGACACUACAAUGCGAACAAAAGGUGGUGCAGGGAUGGGGAACACCGUAAGCGCGAUGACUAUAGAAACAGAAGAGGCGAGACAGGCAGGUAGUCUACGUGAUUUAGCCGUCCACGGAGAUGUCCAUGGUCUAGAAGAACAUCUGCGGAGGAAUCCAGACGUCGAUCUCAAUGAACCAGAUGAAUAUGGAUACACGCCGUUGCAUCUCGCAUCAGAUAGAGGUCAUACAGAAUUUGUGAAAGCCUUGUUAGCUAGAGGUGCAGACAAGACAGUCAAGGAUCCAGACGACUAUACAGCAGCAGAGUUGGCCCAAAUUGCAGAACAUGAGGACGUUGUUGCAUUGCUUCAGGCGGAAGGGUGAUUCAUGACAGCAUUUCCAUUGAUAUCCUGCUGCAAUUAUAUAAAGAAUGAGAUAGUAUACCAUAGC